GCGUCACGCGUGGGCACUUGCAGUCUUUAGUUGAGUGACUUGUGUGUGCAUGGGGGGCUUUGGAGUUGAGCUCCGGUCGGGGUUUGUACGCCUUUCGAACGCCGAUUUUGCAAGGGCGGCGUUCGUCCGACGCGCGUCCAGCUGACGUCGUACGGCGUGACGUCAUCAACACGUAGAUUAAAAAGGCGUUGUGACGUCAUAUCCUGAAGCGGUAGGUGGCAAACUGAGCCGGAAAGUCAAUGUGAAGAUGACGACGAUGGCAGAGACUGACUCCAGAGUCAAAAUAAACCCAUGGAUUCUAUUUCUGUCCUGUCUGGAUUUCUUUCACACAGGUGUGGUGCUAGCAGUGAACAUGACGCUUCCCAGCUCUCUCAUCCGAGGCACGCUAGGAGGUGAGGCCCUCCUCUCGGUUGACUACGUCAGCUUCAGCGCCGACCUGCCCGUCAUCAAGUGGCAGCUGCGCCGAGAAAAGUUGUCCACCGUCGUGCAGUCCAUCGGAACCGACAUCGUGGGGACCCUGAGGCCAGAGUACCGGGACCGUAUUCUGAUUUUCCAGAACGGAUCCCUGCUCAUGCACAACUUGAGGUUUUCGGACGAGGGGACCUAUGACGUGGAGAUCUCCAUCACGGAUGAUACAUUCACAGGCGAGGGCAGUGUCACGCUCACCGUGGAUGAGCCCUUGUCCAGUGCCUACAUCCACAUGGAAUCAUCAUCAGUGCUGGAGCGCAGCGAAAACGUGGUCCUCAACUGCUCUCAUGAGGCAGGCACUCGGGCCACGUACAAGUGGAUGAAAGGCGGCAAAGCGCUGGGCAACGACAGCAGGCUGCAGCUGUCACUUGACCACAAGCUCCUCACCAUCACUCGCAUCACCAUGGCGGACGACGACGUCUACAGCUGCGUGGUGGAAAACCCUGUCAGCGCUGUGACCAGCUUUCCCAUCAGAUUGAGUGUCUACAAAAGAAGUUCUAUCUAUAUCAUCCUCUCCACUGGUGGCAUCUUCCUACUAAUCACCUUGGUAACAGUGUGCGCCUGCUGGACACCAUCCAAAAAGUCGAAGAGGCCAACAAGAAAGUCUUUCUCCAGGUUUUAUAACCAACGCACACCAACUUGUCAGACAGUAGCUGAUGAUGCUUCAGAUCUGACACAGUGCAAUGGGAAGAACACGGAGACCUCACUUUACAUCCCGCAGCAAAAGGAUCUUUCCCCAGGUGACUAUUCUAUCAACAGCAUUGGAUCUGCUUUGGAACCAGAGCAUCCUCCCAGCUACACGAAUUACGUUGAUUCUCUGACGCGGGCUACUGCCCACUCCAACCAACUCAAAGUAUAGCUGAACGAUGGAGGAUAUGUCAGAAGAAAUCCUGCAUGGAUUGGGACUCAAAAAAGUCUUGUGUACACUUCUUCCUUCCUUGAGAAGCGUUGUUUGUUCGUAUCAAAAGAUGCAAUCAGAUGA